GCAGGAUAUUCCUACUGGUCUCUCCAACCUUUAGAGCUCCAAAGACUGCUGAUUCAGAGGGAACAUGUCCUAUGAGACUGCAUUGCAACCACACCAGCCAGACAAGUCGGUCAUGCUGGAGGGUCGCUUGACCAACCAGGAGCGGACGUUGGCAGCUCUGCUCCAGCAGGCAUUGCAGAUAAAGGACGAGAUGGCAUCUAGCCUGCGGUCCACUCACGGCUCUCUGUUGGCCGAGUGUUCAUCCAGACGGCUCCUGGAGAACCACAUCCACACCAUCACUCACAUCGUCAAGCAGCUCAGCGCUGACAUUCAGGUGCUUGAGACUCAGAUCGCCCAAAGAGACGCCGUAGCAUCGGGUACGUCCGUCACCGUGCAGAAUCUGGACCAGAAGAACCUGGUCGGCAUUGGAGACCUCAGGGGCAGAGUGGCCAGGUGUGACGCCAGCAUCGCUAAACUCUCGGGGGACGUGAGUGCCGGCUCGAAGGACGUCCUCCGCCUGCAACAGGAGAUCCUGGAGAUCAGGUUGAGUCUUGAGCUUCGCCUGAAGGACACGGAGCUGAAGUUGUCUGAGGCUGUGACGAAAUUAGAGAGCACACAAGCAGAGCAGGUGCUCAUGCAGAAGAACACCAGUGGCGACUUAACCAGGGAGAUCCAGCGCUUGGAUGUGAAAGCCUGUGAGAAUGUGAAGGACCUGCAGCAGGAGGCGGUCAGGCUAAGGAGAUGGACGGAGCAACAGCUGCAGACGACAGCGCAGAGUCACACACAUGGCUCCCAGCAGCUCCGGUCACUCAUGCAGGACAGGCUGGGGGAUGUAGAAGGGAGGUGCAACAAGCAGCUCUCCCUCCUCUCCGCUCGCCUGGAGGCUGUGGAGGCCAGGCUGGAACUUGAGUCCUCCACGCAGCAGCUCAGACGCUCGGAGAGCAAACACAAGGCGCGUCUGGGUAGCCUGGAGACAACCCUGAGACAGGAGCUGGACGACAUCAGGAGCGAGUACCGGUCUGGAUUCCAAUCGAUUCACGAGUCCAUCAACUCCCUUAAGUAUAUUGGUAGCACCAAGGCUGAGUUGGACAAGGAGACGCUGCAGCGAGACAUCAAACAGAUUCGCAGGAAGAUGGCGGGACUGAGAGACGUUUAAGAUCCAACACCGAGAGCUGCAGCCUAUCAGACCUCAAACUCUUCCUAUAGAUCCUAUAUGACUGCAACCUAUAGCUGUGGUCUAAAUUGGUCUGCAACACAGACUCAAAUUCAUUCUCUUUUGCAUUUGCAUGUAUUCAUUUGGCAGAUGCUUUUAUGACUGCAUCUGAACAUGCAUACUACUACUGCUGUUUAAAUUGCCCUGAAUCACUGCACUAAAUCCUGAUAAUUCUCUUUUCACAUUUGCUUAUCAACAGCCGUUGUUUGAAGUCGUAACCAUAAUAGAAUACUCCACUGGCCGUGGAGCAGGGUAGAGAUAUUGAUCUGUGGGUAGGCUGGGCUGAACAGGAAGGUUGUGGUCAGUGAUUACAGGCUUUUAGGCAGUGAAUGACCCCAAACCUGAGAGAAGUAAACAACAUAACAUACUGUAUUGUGAUCUAUAUUGACGUAUUGCAAAGGAAAUUGCUUUGAGUAAUUUCUGACUUAGAGGGAAAAAUGCAAUGGUAUUUCAGAUGAAACAAAAGUUAACAGACAGGGACAAUUUAAAUCAUACACUUGCUAUUACUGUAAACCCAAAGUCAGCAGUUUAAUUAUCAAUAAGCCAUGGUCUCAAUGAGCAAUACAUAUAAAUGGGACAUGAUUUAAACAAAAAAUAAAAAAUAGAUGCAUUAACUUAUACAA